GAGACACACACUUACAGAGAGCAGCCAUAGUCAAGACACGGCAACAACAACAGCACCUCCUCCUCUACUCUUCCCUAUUCCCAACAAUACACUUAACCGAGGACAGCCAGGUGCACGACAAGUCCCUGCCACCAGGCUCCCUCGCGAAAUUUCAAUGGGAAAAGACCUUUUUUCUUCUUAUCCCUAAACAAGAAGGAGAAUGUGAUAAAAGGAGGAAAAUGCCAAGGAGGAAACAGGAGCAACCCAAGCGCCUGCCUUCACAUGUGGACACGGUAGAGGAUGGAGGGCCAGAGGGUUGCUCAGUAGAGGAGGACAGCUGGUUUGGGAAUACCUCCGACAGCCCCUCCGAAUCGUCCUACGGUGAGGUGCAGGAUGAGCUUCGGGUUUCCCCGGACAACGUCCCCCGACCAGACCACAACACCUCAGCCGAGAGCUCCCUGGGCUGUCCCACGCCAGUUCAGCGGGUCUCUCUGGAGCUGCUGGGUCUGGACGGUGGGGUCCUCUCUACCCAGGAUGCUCUAUCCUCAGUGGUGUCAUCUCUUUACGGAGACUCCAGCCAGGCCCUGGGCAAGCCGCUCAGCAGCAACCUACGGCGUCUGCUGGAGGCUGGCUCAUUGAAGCUGGAAGGAGGGGAUCUGACCGGGUGUGGAUUGUCCAGAGGACCAGAGUCACCCCCGGUGAGCUUGGUAAUAUCUCCAUCUUCACAUCAUGCACAGCAGCUGAGUGCACUUGCUAGGAGACUGGCUAAAAGCAGCCACAACAGCCACAACUCCAACUCUGCCUCACCCACAUCUGUAGCAACAGUCAAACAGGAGCCCUGUGACCCAUUUGGCCCCAGCAACGGCCCAAACUCAGGCAACAGUGGCUUUGUAUGGGUGAGCAUGGCAGAUAAAUGGUCAUCUGCUGGUUGCUCGGUGCCCAGUGGCAGCAGCCUAUCGCCAGACUCGGCCAUCCAGAAGUUAAAGGCAGCAGCCAAUGCUGUGCUUCAGGACAAGAGCGCAGUGGCUUCCUCCACCUCUUCAUCCUCCUCUUCCUCGUCCUCCUCUUCAGUCACCUCCUCCUCCUCAAUGGCAGCCCUGGGUGCUCGCUCAGAUGAUGCAGUGCGCUUUGAAGCAUUUGCGUCUCCCUUCAGUCCGCAGUCAGCCAGCUCCACACUGGCUGCCCUCUCAAAGAAAGUAUCUGAAAGAAGUCAGCAGCAGGUGGGCUCAUCUGAUCAUCAGCCCUCAGCUGGCUCCUUUCUCUCGCUGGUUUCCAUGACCUCCUCGGCAGCUCUUCUAAAGGAGGUGGCAGCGCGAGCAGCAGGGAACCUUCUGGCUGAUAAGAAAGAGCUGUCUUUAGUAUUGGGAGCCUCCGAGGAUGUCAAGCCCCUGUUAGACAGGAACCAGAAGGUGCCCACCCCAACCCAGGCCAUGGACCUUCUGCUGCCAACAAUCCCCAAGGGAAGGGCCAAGCCCAGCAGUCAAGCAGGUUCACCUGAGGAUGGAGGAAAACCCUUUCAGUGUCCUGUGUGUGGUCUGGUCAUCAAGAGAAAGAGCUACUGGAAAAGACAUAUGGUGAUCCACACAGGCUUGAAAAGCCACCAGUGUCCCCUCUGUCCCUUUCGCUGUGCUCGUAAAGACAAUCUCAAGUCCCACAUGAAGGUCCAUCAGCACCAAGACAGAGGGGAGACCUUCCAGUGUGAGCUUUGCCCCUUCACAUCCUCCCGCCACUUUAGCCUCAAGCUGCACAUGCGUUGCCAUCAGCACUUUCCCCGUCCCGACCUCAAAGUCAAAGAAGAACCCGGCACAGACACAGAGGAGGGCGAGGGACUGCUGAUGGGGGACAGUGGAGUCUCUGGCGAUCAGGCCAUGAACACAGACACUUCCACGUCUCCCACUGUCAGCUACCCGGAUGGUUGUUUGCUGGCUUCCCCUGGAGAACCCUCGAAUCACAUCCAGAUCAAGGAGGAACCCCAGGAGAGGGAUGUGUCUGUGAUGUCCCCCUUUGCCCUCUGUAGAGAGCGACCCAGCAGCAGCAGCAGUUCUCUGGACCUGUCUGGGCUCAAAUCCAGUCCGCCUGGCCUUGGACCUUCAGCUGCCUCACUCUUCAGCCCAGACAUCACCACCAAGACGGCUACAGACCUCCUUAUGAAGCUCUCAGCAGCGAACCAAAAGGAGGCCCUAAAGGGUCCAUUCUGUGUUAAGGAGGAGCCCCAGGCAGAAGAAACUCUGAGCUCUCAGAGGGGCCCCAGCUACAGCUUCUGUCAGGAGGGGCCCUUAGGGGCCACCAAUCAACGAGAGGAGGGCAGCCCCAUGUUGGGCAAGAGCAGCAUACUCAGCCAGGACAUCAACGUCAAAGUGGCCUCUGAAUUGCUUAUGAAGCUCUCAGAGAAUAACAAAGACACCUGCAUCCAGAAAGUCUUGGUGAAGGCAGAGCCUAUGGAAGUGGACCCACCCACUGAAUUGGCUCCACCCUCCUCUCAUCUGCUGGGCUUCAGCACUUUAGGGGCAUGUGAAAAGAAGGAACCAAUGGUCAACCUCCCAGAUCAUUUGCCCCGCCCUCAAAAUGACCUCUUCUCCCAGGACAUAUCAGUCAAAAUGGCCUCUGAGCUGCUUUUCAAACUGUCUGAGAAAGUAAGUAAAGCUCACGAAAACAAAGACAACGCAUCAUUUGGUAUACACAGCACUUUCGUAGAUGACCACUUUCGACAAUCACCUUUCAGUACACACUCCAAGAGCUCUUCCCCAGCUAAAGCUGGCUCUUCAAGCAGGGUUGCCCAGCAAGAUCCAGAGAAGGUGAGUGGAGAGCCAGGAAAUGGACUCGCUCAUUGGAGACUCAAUGAACAGCUCUUUCCCUGCCCUAUAUGCGGCAAGGUGUUUGGUCGCCAACAGACCCUCUCCAGACACCUGUCCCUACAUACAGUAGACGAGAGGAAAUAUAAGUGUCACCUGUGUCCGUAUGCGGCUAAGUGCCGGGCCAACCUCAACCAGCACCUCACCAUCCACUCGGUCAAACUGGUGAACACAGAUGCCGAACAGAUCGUUACUGCUGUGACCACUGAUGGCCAAGAGCUGAAAAACUGCCCCUACUACUACAGCUGCCAUGUCUGCGGCUUCCAGACGGAGAUAAAUGCUCAGUUUGUUAGUCAUAUGUCUCUGCAUGUGGACAAAGAGCAGUGGAUGUUCUCGCUCUGCUGCAGCACCUGUGAGUAUGUGGGUGUGGACGAGGCCGAGAUGAAAGCUCACAUCAGUGCAGGGCACGCAGGUCUCAAUUCCAGAAGCCCUCUCAGUGAGACCAAGAGCACUUCCUCCUCUCUGUCAGCCCUUAGUGACUCCCUCAACAGCUCUGAAGGUGGAGAUGUUGCCCAGGGUAAUGAAGAACUAAAAAGCCUUUUGGCCCCACCUUCUUCUGCUGGCAGUCAAUCAAGCUCAGGCCCAGGAACAGAGGAAAAGGCAGAGAAAGGCUUUGAAUGCGUGUUCUGCAACUUUGUUUGUAAGACUCGGGCCAUGUACGAGCGGCAUCUACAGAUCCAUCUGAUCACACGCAUGUUUGAGUGCGACGUCUGCCACAAGUUCAUGAAGACGCCCGAGCAGCUCAUGGAGCACAAGAAGUGCCACGCUGUCCCCACUGGAGGGCUCAAGUGCCCUCUCUGCAUCUACUCCACCAACAGGCCAGCCGCUAUGGAGGGCCACCUCAAGACGCACUACAAGAUGGAGUACCGCUGCCGUAUCUGCCAAGCCGUGUGGGCCAAUCAGGCAGAGCUGGAAAGGCACACGCGCGCCCAUCGCCUGGGCAACCACUACAAGUGCGAGCAGUGUGGCUACCUCUCCAAAACCGCCAACAAGCUCAUCGAGCACGUGCGUGUGCACACCGGCGAGCGGCCUUUCCACUGCGACCGCUGCAGCUACAGCUGCAAACGCAAGGACAAUCUCAACCUCCACAAGCGGCUCAAACAUGCACCGAGACAGACCUUCGGUUGCGCACAGUGCCCGUUCACGACCACCCACCCGUUCGUCUACAGCCGCCACAUGAAAAAGCACCAAGGUGGGGAGGGGAUUGCCGAGGAAGGUGAGGCGCAGCCGGGUACUCCAUGCCCAGGCAUUUUGGAGAGUGGUGAAGGCAGCAGUGGGAGCGGGGACAGCGGCAGCACCAGUCCUCUGAUGAGCCUGUCUGCCUCUCAAGCCUUGCAGUCUGUCGCCCUCUCCAUCACCAGCAAGCAGCGAGAUGGCACACCAAGGCCACGCUACCUCUCAGCCAACGGCACGUUCUCCACACUGGCGGCUCACUACUUGGAACCGUACAGAAACUGUGACCUGGCUCACCUCCUCCCCCUCACCACGCUCUUUACCGCCCGACGCUUCACAUUCCACAGCCCCUCUCCCUCAAACUCCUCUCCUCCCUUCUCCAGAGCCUGGUCCAACUCGCCCUCGCAGUCCCCGCCCUCUUCUACGUCACUCAAACACUCCUUCCUCGCGUACCUGGGACUGACAGAGAGAGCGAAGACCAUUUGACCAGUCUCUUUCAAAGGAUAGGUCACCCAAAAAUUAAAAUUCUAUUAUCAUGUACUCACCCUCAUACUGUUCCAAUCUAGUAUGACUUUCUUUCUUUCGUGGAACACAAAAGGAAACGUUUGGUUGAAUGCUAGCCUCAUUCAUUUUCAUUGCAUAUUUUCACAGGAGAAAGUCAUUUGAAGUUGAAACAACAUGAGAGCAAGUGAAUGAUGAAAGAAUUUUCAUUUUCGGGUGAACUAUUUCUUUAAUAACUGUUCCAUAGGCAGGCUGGAAUGCUACCCUAAAAAGUAGAAAUGAUAGUAAAAGAUCCAUUUAUCAGGGGAAUAAGUUUGUUUUCUGUUCUAUCAGUCCAAUUAAUGCUCUUUUUUAAGAGGUCUUGUAACAAUUAUUUGUUUUCCUCAGCAAAUGGUGAAUGACCCGGAAUCUGAUAAUAGUGCUUUAUCUAUACGGGUCUUGUAUUCAUUUUAAUGGGAAAAAGGAAACGAAGAACAUAUGAGCUUGCAAGCUCUAAGCUUCUUUUUUUGUGUGUGCAUUUUGUCUUUUGCCAGGAAUCCAACAGCAUGUUCACUAUGUGUUACAAUGGUUUUUUGAAGUCAUUUAGGGGAUCAGUAUCAGUAUAUCUUUGGGGUAUAUAAAGUAUGGCAUGACAAAAACCAAUGAAACAGAUUGCUAUCUCUCAAGUAUUGUUUCCAAAGCAAAGCCUCAGACCACGCACUUGUUAAUUUAUCAAACUGUACAUAGUUUUGUAAUCUUUUUUUUUCUCUCCUUCGCCACUCAUGUUGGCACUGACUGGUUUUGUUGAAUGGUGAGACCACUGGCAGAACUCUAAUCUUGCCUCAGCAACAAGCAUAAGGCCCUUUACGAGAUCUACGAGGCACAGCUGAUGGCAUUUCUUAAUACAAGCCAUUUGGGGCAUGCUAUUGGCAAAAGCAAUCAUUACCACAAGAGCAGUGGUUGUCAGCCCUUGAUGCUGCCUCAAUACCGUCACCAUCCUCACCGUACUGUUGGUCAGUACAGAUUGUGCCAUAGCUGAACGAGGUGGGCUGGCCGUAGGCAUGAGAAAAGAUGAGUGACCAGUCAAGCGCCUUGUGCAUAGCUAUCGUAUGUAAUGCGCACCUGUACGUUUAACAAGAUGUAUGCGGUGACAGGUUUUUCUGGGGAAAACCCAUUUUAUUCUGUCACAAAGGCCGAUUCAAUGGUGCUUUUUGGAGCUUUUUUGUAAUUUUGUGUGUAAAAAGAACUGUUCCAAAAUGACUUGAAUGAAUGUACGUUUUGUUGGUUAAUGUUCAAGUGAUACAGAGGUAGCUGGACUGUGGUAAGUGAGAACUUGGAAAAACAAUGGUAUCCCGGUGGCCUUCUGUGUCUUAAUAUUUUUGUCCUUCUAAUUUUUUGUUAGUUUGUUUGUUUGUUUGUUUUUUAAAGAGCCUUUGAAAUGUAAAAUACAAAUAUAUAUAUAUAUAUAUAUAUAUAAAUAACACACAGGGUUGGGGAGUAACAGAAUACAUGUAACAGGAUUACGUAUUUAAAAUACAAAAUAUAAGUAACUGUAUUCCACUACAGUUACAAUUUAAAUCUUUGGUAAUUAGAAUACAGUUACAUUCAAAAAGUAUUGAUUACUGAAGAGAUUACUUUGCAUUUUAUUGUCAUUUGUUUCAUUUAAUAUUUAGUCCUUUCAGAUGGAAAACAUUUAUACAUAUAAAUGAUGCGAUCCAAAGUGCAUUUGAACAGCGGUGAAACACUUUCUUAUGAUAUGUUACAUUCAUACGAGCAGACAAGAGAAGUAAGUUUGAAGUAAGUUUGGAGCAGAAGAAAUAGAAAUAAACCUUGUGUAAAUUGUCAGCUUUAUGCUAAGCUAAAAUGCUAUUUCUAUCCAUUUUACUUGCACAGUCAUAUUUUUUAUCAAGAAAAUUCUUGUUGGAUCAUAAUUUCUUUUUUUUCUAGUAAGACCUUUAAUAUUAGGGCAAAAAUGUUAUUCUUGAUAAUAGUUUUUGUAUUGUUUUCCUGUAAAAAUAUCUAAAAAUCCUUAAAACAAGAACAAUUUGAUUGAUCUUGUUUUAGAAACAACACUGCAUUAGAUAUUUAUGUUUUUCAGAGAAUGUAUUUUUAACAUGUGCAUUUUGUCUUACUGUACUGGCAGAGUUUUUAUAGUCAAAACAAGUGAAAAAAAUCUACCAGUGCUGAAUAAGUAAUCCAAAGUAUUUAGAAUGCAUUACUGACCUUGAGUAAUCUAACGGAAUACGUUACAAAUUACAGUUUACAGCAUGUAUUUUGUAAUCUGUAGUGGAAUACAUUUCAAAAGUAACCCUCCCAACCCUAUAUAUAUAUAUAUAUAUAUAUAUAUAUAUAUAUAUAUAUACAUACACUGGCGUCCAAACGUUUGGAAUAAUGUACAGAUUUUGCUCUUAUGGAAAGAAAUUCACCAUUUUAUUCACCAAAGUGGCAUUCAGCUGAUCACAAUGUAUAGUCAGGACAUUGAUAACGUGAAAAUGACUAUUACAAUUUGAAAAACAUUUUCAGAACUUCUUAAACCACUUAGAGUUCUCAUCAAAAAAUCCUCCAUGUGCAGCAAUGACAGCUUUGCAGAUCCUUGGCAUUCUAGCUGUCAGUUUAUCCAGAUACAUUUCACCCCACGCUUCCUGUAGCACUUGCCAUAGAUGUGGCUGUCUUGUCGGGCACUUCUCACGCACCUUACAGUCUAGCUGAUCCCACAAAAGCUCAAUGGGGUUAAGAUCCAUAACACUCUUUUCCAAUUAUCUGUUGUUCAACAAUGUCUGUGUUUCUUUGCCCACUCUACCCUUUCCUUUUUGUUUUUAUGUUUCAAAAGUGGCUUUUUCUUUGCAAUUCUUCCCAUAAGACCUGCACCCCUGAGUCUUCUCUUUAAUGUUGUACAUGAAACUGGUGUUGAGCGGGUAGAAUUUAAUGAAGCUGUCAGCUGAGGACAUGUGAGGCAUCUAUUUCUCAAACUAGAGACUCUGAUGUACUUAUCCUCUUGUUUAGUUGUACAUCUGGCCUUCCACAUCUCUUUCUGUCCUUGUUAGAGCCAGUUGUCCUUUGUCUUUGAAGACAAUGAAAUCUUUGUAUGAAAUCUUUUGGCAAUUUCAAGCAUUGUAUAGCCUUCAUUCCUCAAAACAAUGACUGACUGACGAGUUUCUAGACAUAGUUGUUUCUUUUUUGCCAUUUUUGACCUAAUAGUGACCUUAAGACAUGCCAGUCUAUUGCAUACUGUGGCAGUUCAAAAACAAACACAAAGACAAUGUUAAGCUUCAUUUAAUGAACCAAAUAGCUUUCAGCUGUGUUUGAUAAAAUGGCAAGUGAUUUUGUAGUACCAAAUUAGCAAUUUAGCAUGAUUACUCAAGGAUAAGGUGUUGAAGUGAUGGCUGCUGGAAAUGGGGCCUUUCUGGAUUUGAUCAAAAAUUUCUUUUGUCAAACAGUGAUGGUGCUGUUUUUUACAUCAGUAAUGUCCUGACUAUAUUUUGUGAUCAGUUGAAUGCCAUUUUGGUGAAUUAAAGUACCAAUUUCCUUCCGAAACAGCAAAAUCUGUACAUUAUUCCAAACUUUUGG